GCGGGGACACCCUGCCGGGCGCCCGUCCCUGCUGUGGGCUGCGGUCCGCGCCAGACACCCCCGCCGGACUCACUGCAUCCCCGGCGUGGCCUUUGCCGCGAUCCCCGAGGACUCCUCGGGCACCUCCGGGGCGCCGCGGCCUCCGAGUCCCCCGUGCCCUCGUCCCCUCUCCGGGGCACGGCUGCUGCCGCACUGCCCUUCCCGGGGCUCCCAGGGGCUCCCGCCGCGGGUGGGAAUGGGCGCUCUGCCCCGAGGGAGCUCCUGCCCCGGGCACGGACCCUCAGGGCUGCGGCGGGCUGGGGCCGGCCGGGUGACGGGGAUCCUGUCCCUUCCUGCCGGUGUUCGCUGGGACAUCGAGCUCAGCGCACCCGAGGCACCGCUGUCCUUGUGUCCUUUGACUCGCCGGGGUAGCCCGCUGUCAGCACCCGCUUGCUGCUCUCUGUUUGCUCCUCGACAGGUUACUGAGAUACCAAAUGGAAUUGCGAGUACUGGACGUGUUCUGCUACAUUCUGCCGUGUUGCAAAACACGUACUGACGGAUUCAGGAAGAGAUGCAGUCAGAGGUGUUAAAAAGGGGCCACUUAUUUUUAGAUGUUCAGUCUGGUGCUUACUCCCUGCUGCAGCAGUAAGUUGGGCAAACAUCUGGGUGCCCUUGAGCAGCAGCCGCAAGGGCAUGGGCCGGGGGACAGGGGUGGCCCACUCUCCGGAUCACAGCAGGAUGGCGAGGGCACUGGUGGAGACGUGCCCCAUCCCUCAUCCCUCUGCAGCACCACAUGUGCCAGCAUCCCUCGUGAAAGGUAUCUGUCCAGCCCCUUUGCUGACCCAUGGAGCUGGGAUGCAUGGCAUAUCUGGUCCAUGUCCAUGCUGCCCACCAGCUAUCCCUCCCACUGGCCACCACCCAUCCCUCCUACUGCUCACCAGUCAUCCCCCCCACUGCCCAGCCACAGGCUGCAGUGCUGCUAGCUCCUGUACACAGCCCAGCUCUUCCCACCCCUUAGUCAGGCCCAAAACGAGCACGCUGCUGUACAGACAGCACAAAACCUGUGCUAGGCCUUAAGUUAGUGACUGUGCUUUCUGUGGGGGUCCCUCUUUUGUAAUAUGGCUUUAACAAAAAGUUAAGCUGGAUCAUUUAUAAGUGAUAUAGAAUUAUUAGCAGUUAAUGGAUUGAGCUAAACAGUGGCACACUUUUCCCAGAGAGCCCAACAGCAUCUUUAUGACUUUAUAGCCAGAAUGUGUUGGCUUCAGAGAGCAUGGUUUUUGGAGCUCUUGUAUUCACAGACCUUUAUGGCAACAGCUUUGGCACAAAGCUGCUCUGAGCUCAGCUGUAGAACAGGCUAAACAGUAUUAGAUGCAAUGUGGGGAUUAUACACAAAGUUUUGUCCUUUGGAAGUCUUGUUACAACUUUGAGGUCUCAUCUUGAAUUUCAUACAAUCCUGGAAUGGUGUGGUUUGGAAGGGACCUUAAAGCCCAUCUCAUUCCACCCCCUUGGUAUGGGCAAUGACACCUUCCACUACACCGGGUUGCUCCCAGCCCUGUCCAGCCUGGCCUCGAGCACUUCCAGGGAUCCAGGGGCAGCCACAGCUUCUCUGGGCAACCCGUCCUGAGACCUCACCACCCUCACAGGGAACAAUUUCUUUCCAAUAUCCCAUCUAACCCUGGCCUCUGUCAGUGAAAAGCCAUCCCCUUCUUGUCCUGUCACUUUCCUGUCCAAAGUCCCUCUCCAGUUCUCUUGGAGCCCCUUUAAGCACUAGAAAGGGCUCCAAUAUCUUGUCAGAGUGUUCCCUCCAGGGUGAAAAACCUCAGUUCUCCCAGCCUCUCUCCAGAGCAGAGGUGAUUGGGAUUAGACAUUGGUCUGUGUAUUUAGGGUGAACUUCCCACAUUUUGACUUCUGAGGCUUCUUGUCUCUUCCUGAUGGCUGUGCAAAUCCCAUGUGAUCAAAAAUGUAUUUUCUGCAGUUCAUUCAGCAUCAAACUGAUCAAGGCACACUGGUUGUUGUAAUGCAGAACUGUAGCCUGGUCUCCUGUCACAGAGACCCAGGGCUGCUGGCCUGGAGUGUGCACCAAGUGUGCUCAGGGAGCGUGGGGUGUGGUGCACUGACAAGCCACGUACCUUGAGGCUCCGCUAUGCCCCCAUGUCCUCUCACCCUUCUGCUGCUGGUGGGUGACAGUCCCUGCACAGGGCCUGUGCAAGCUCUGGCUAAAUACAGCUGGAGCACUUGUCAGACUUGUGUGGACUCAGCAGCUUGGCUUGUGAAUUGGUGCAGUGCUUUUGUUCUCCGAUCAUCAAGUGACUCAGUCCCAGCAGUGUUUCAGCAGUCCCAGCCUGAAAACCUCAGCCGGGACAGACUGGGCACCUCGCAGAAGCUUAGAAAAUUCUUGAGCAGGGCUGGACAGCUGCUACAAACUCCAUCCACAAACUUCUGUGUCGCAGAGAUGUCAGACCCUAUCUUUAAUUUCCUCACGUACACUUAGAGGUUGGUAGUCAAACUGCCUCCAUCACGCAUAUUCAGGACUUUUAAAAUUCUGUUAGACAUAAAAAAAACCCACCUAAUUCAUUACUGUGGAUGUAUCCUGUGAAGCACCAUGUCCUGUUCUUGUCCCGAGGCCAGCUGGCAAGGUCUGGUCAUAUCCAUGGUAUUAAACUCAAGAGUUCCAAAGAGGGAGGCACAUCAGUGCUACUUGUGAGGAAUGGUUUUCUGGCUUGUCAUAGCUUCCAAGCCAUGCCCAAGAGUGGUUUAGGCACAUACUGGGUGGUGCAGACCAAAUCAGAUCUUGGACCAAUCUCCACCACUGGAUUCUUGGGCUGUUCUGACCCCAUUAUGUCUGCUAGCACAAACCUAUCUAGCAACCUAACUAGUGGUAACCUAGGACAACUGUUGUUAUGCUUAAAGAGAAGCAGAAAUGUGCAGACCCCCAUAGAGCCACCCUUUGAAAUGCCUGUGUCUGGGACAGCCCAGGCAGGGGGCAGUUGUUUGCUGGCUGACAGGGUGCUGCCUGAGCUCGGCUGUGAGCUGAGCAGCUGACCUGACCCCAGCUGUGGCUGGGGCCAAAAACCAGACAAUGAUGGAAAAUGGCCCAGUGGGAAAGAACGUGGGCGUUCUGGUUGACAGCAGUUAAACAUGAUCUGGCCAAGAAAGCUAAGAACAUCCUGGCUUGUGUUAGCAAUAGUGUGGCAGCAGGAGCAGGGCAGUGAUUUUCCCCCUGUGCUGGACACUGCUGAGGCACCUCAAAUCUGGCCACUCACAGCAAGAAAGACAUUGAGGGGCUGGAGCAUGUCCAGGGAAGGGAACACAGCUGGGGAAGGGACUGAAGCACAAGUCUCCUGGGUGGCUGAGGGAGCUGGGGGAACUCAAACUGGAUAAAAGGAGGCUCAAGGAGGGACCUUCUCACUCUCUGCAACUCCUUGACAGGAUGGUGGAACCGGAGGGGUGUGUCGGACUGUGCUUCCAGGGAACAGGGACAGGACAGGGGGGAAUGACCUCAAGUUGUGCCAGGGUAGGUUCAGGCUGGAUAUUGGGAACAAUUCCUUCACUGAAAUAGUGGUUAAGCAUUGGACACGCUGCCCAGGACAGUGGUGGAUUCAUCACCCCUGGAAGUGUUCUAGAAAUGACUGGACAUGAGACUUUGCAAUAUGGUUUAGUGGGCAUGGGGUUAUGCAGUCAAAGGUUGGAGUUGAUGAUCUUGGAGGUCUUUUCCAACCACAAUGAUUCUAUAAUUUAAUCUACAGAAAGCUCAGCUCCUAUGCCAACAGAGUACAUACACCCGGGCAAUAGACAAGGCUGGGUCUGCAGCUUUGUUCAGCCUGUUCUGCUGUUGGCCCGUAGGCAAGCAGGGUGUGCAUGCAGACAAGGCUUAGACAUUACCUCCCUCUCAUAGGUUAGUGACGAAGCAGAUCCCCACAGGCAAAACUCUACACAAACACACUGUGGGAUAAAGAAUGUUUGAGUGUAUCUUUAAAUCCUUUUCCAGACUCCUUUUCUGAAGGAGAAAAUCGGAAGCCUGUGGUGUCCUUGUCUCUGGCAACCCUGUCUUCUGGUGGUAUGUCAAACUUCUAGAGACACCCUCAGUCCCAGAGUCUCUCUUAGAACAUGUUUUCUGGGCUCGCCUCUCUGUUUUAAUUGCCCCUGGCAGACCAACCCUGAAUUUCUCAGAGUGGGAACCACAGCCUUCCUCUGAUUUGAUCUGAAGCUGGGUAUACUCAGAUGUGAAUGAAUGCACUUAAACAGCUGGCCUGCAAAAAUCACCAUUUUUGGAGUCACUCUAACUGGGGUUGUUGUUGGUGUCACGGUUGUCCUUUCUCUUGUUCUCAGGUGCCCCCUGGACCUCUUUUUCUAUAUAAAUCACAGCACUGACCCUGUAGCCCUAGCUGCUACGCAGGCAGCUUGUAGAAGGGCACUGACUUAUAUGUGGGGAGUGGGAACACACAAACAGCAGCUUCAAUGUCUUUCAUGUGCUCCUGUGUCUAACUUCCAGACAAAAUUUGGCUUUGUGUGCAGGACCAUGUGGGAUCCUGUUGUGCUCUCAGUGCUGUGAAAUCUCAAAGUGGCAAUGGUGCAGACCAUGGGUCAGUCAGACAGGCCACCGUCCCCUGUCAACGUGACUGUGACGCAGCUGAAGGCAAACUCUGCCACAGUCUCCUGGGAUGUGCCAGAAGGAGAUGUGGUCAUCGGCUAUGCCAUUCUACAGCAGAGGCAGGACGGGCAGAUGCAGCGCUUCAUCCGGGAGGUGAACACCACCAACCGUGCCUGUGUGCUGUGGGACCUGGCAGAGGAUGCUGACUACAUCAUCCAGGUGCAGAGCAUUGGCCUGUAUGGGGAAAGCCAGGCUAGCAAGCGUGUCCACUUCCGCACCCUGAAGGAGACCGACCGUCUGCCUUCCAACAGCUCCAACCAAGGUGAUAUCACCAUGGAAGGGCUGGACAAAGACCGGCAGCUGCAGACAGGCGAGAUUAUUAUCAUUGUGGCUGUGCUGCUCAUGUGGGCAGCGGUGAUCGCCCUGUUCUGCAGACAAUACGAUAUCAUCAAGGAUAAUGACUCCAACAACAACAAGGAGAAGACAAAACCCUCCUCAGAGCACAGCACGCCAGAGCGACCGAGCGGAGGGCUGCUGCGGAGCAAGAAGAAAUCUCCCUCUGUCAAUAUCAUUGAGGUGUAAGUGCAACACCAGCUCUGCCGUCUGGGAUCUUGGGUGUCCUGCCAGAGCCACAGCAGGCCUUGGAAGAAGAGGCAGCACCAGGCGCGCCGCCUGGAACUCAGCAUGCGAUGAUCCACGUACCAGAACUCCCGCUUUCCUGAGGGCACCUGUCUGCGGAUGUGCACGGAGCCAGCUCCCGAGCCAUGCAUGCAGAGCGUGCCCCUGCCCAUCCCACACCUGGCCCUCCUUCCCUCCCGGGGGAAGCAUGACUUGAGGAUGGGUGGGGGGCCAUACCAGCGGCUAGGGUGGGAGGGAGCCAAGGGGAGCCCAUGGGCUGAAGCACUGGCCUGAGGGGAGGCCAUGUCCCUGUGCACGGCCUUGGCCAAGGCCAGGGGUGCAGCUGUGGCACUGGAUGCCUGCCCGGCAUCAGGGGCAGACCGUGCUCUCAGCUGCCUGUUUGGCCUUGGGGUUGCUUGCAGAGAGCAGGAGCUGCUUCCCUCAGGGCCCUGGGGCUGCAGGAGCAGGGCAGUGCAGGCACUGCCCCAGCACUGCCAGGUGAGCUGUGGCAUGUAGGAGAGUUUAUCUGUGGGGCUGGGCCCAGCCAGCACAGGGGAUGAGUGGAUUGCUGCUGGAGAACAGGGCUCCACUGUACCCUGUCAUGGCUGUGCAGGGCCUUCAAAUUUUCUGCCUACUGCAGAGGACGAAGACACGAGGGACAAUGAGGUGCUAGUGCUGUCACAGUGCCUGGCCAGCCCGCAGAGCCUGCAGCGGGGCAGGGAGUGCUGGUGGAAGCCCCGCAGGGCUGGGGGAAUGGGCAGUGUCAGGGCAUGGCUGUGGCUGUGCUGUGUCCCCAGAAGGGCUCAAGUGCUGGCACAUUCAGGCUGUUUGAGGGGAGCUGCCAAGAACUUUCUGAGCAGCACAGUGCCUGUGCUGCCUGGAGGAGACAAUGUGGUGAGGCCUGCAAAGUCUCUGUUGGAGGGAAUGGGGUGAAACAAGGAGGCUCCCUGCUGCCCUGGCUGCUGCUCUCUCUCCAUGCUCUGCUCUGCAGCCUGCCACAGACAGGCUCUGCAGCCCUGGACUCAAGCAUCACAGGAUCCAGUGUCUUCCAGGAAUAAAUCUCCCAGUAAAAGCACUUUCAGGACUUUUCCUUCCUGGUGCUGCUCAGCUCCUGCUGCAGGACUAGGCGGGGAAGGGACAGGAUAAGCAACUCCUGUGGCAGGGUCUUUUCAAUAAAAGCAUCCUGGCUCAAAGGCAGCA